AUGGUGGGCGCUUUGCGCACAUGCGCAGAAGAAAUGCCUGGGCGGGGAGUUCCGCCGCGUGGGAUCGCGCCCCGGGCAGGGAUUGGCGGCGUGCCGGCUGAGGGGCGGAACCGGAAGCGCUUGUGUUAUGAUACUAAGCCGGUUCAUUUCUGCGGUCCUUGGUGCGUUUGGCUUCCCGCUGCAGGUGCUGGCUUUGCCAAGGUUGCCAUGGGGGAAGCGGAGAAGUUUUACUACAUUUACAGUUGUGACUUGGACAUCAACGUGCAGCUUAAGAUAGGAAGCUUGGAAGGAAAGAGAGAACAAAAGAGUUAUAAAGCCGUCCUAGAAGACCCAAUGUUGAAGUUUUCAGGGCUAUACCAGGAGACAUGCUCUGACCUUUACGUUACUUGUCAAGUUUUUGCAGAAGGAAAGCCUCUGGCCUUGCCAGUGAGAACGUCCUACAAGGCAUUUAGUACAAGAUGGAACUGGAAUGAAUGGCUAAAACUGCCUGUGAAAUACCCUGACCUGCCCAGGAAUGCCCAAGUGGCCCUGACCAUAUGGGAUGUGUAUGGACCAGGAAAAGCAGUGCCUGUAGGAGGAACAACUGUUUCACUCUUUGGAAAAUAUGGCAUGUUUCGCCAAGGGAUGCAUGACUUGAAAGUCUGGCCUAAUGUAGAAGCAGAUGGAUCCGAACCCACAAAAACUCCUGGCAGAACAAGCAGCACUCUCUCAGAAGAUCAGAUGAGCCGCCUUGCCAAG